AUGGAAUCGCAAGCCAUUACGGAAGCUCCGGUCGCACCCCCUGCGGAAACCCUAGUCGCACCCCUUGCGGAAACCCUAGUUGCGUGCCCUGCGAAAACAAUUCCAGUGGGUUCGACUUCAGGGCUGACGGAGCAAGAGAAGAAUGAUACUCUUUUGGACAUUCUUGACAGCCCUCUUUUGGUCCCAGAAAAGAUUGAAUUGGAUGAUAUGAAUCAGCGAGAAUUGGGAAAAUCUGCUCCAUUGCUGCGCACAAACACGUUUCCGAUACUUCAAGAUAUUGAUGAUGCUGGCGAAGAAGUGAAAGCAUUGAAUGAGAACGAUGAAGACAAAUCUUUAGAGGAUAAUGGUGGUGAUAUAGAAAAUGUAUUUAGAGAGGGAAACAACGACAGACAAUUGGUUCUUGUGGAUAAUGGCGAUGAAAAGCAACCUCAUAUGCGGCAAAAUGAAAAACAACAAGCUUUCUUGCAUAAUUUUAAGGAUGAAUUCAGAAUGGGGGAGAAGGAAAUGCUUAUUAGACCUGUCACUAUUGAGGAAGUAAAGCCUGCGACUUUUAGUCUUGAUGAGGAUAGUGUGGCGGGGAUGGAUGGUUUUGGGGAUUGUUUUUAUAAAGCUUGUUGGGAGAUAAUAGCGGGGGAUCUUUUAGCUGCUUCCCAAGCCUUUAUGGGAGGUGUACCAAUUCCUAGAGCCGUUGCAAUGGAUAUUGAGGCAUCAAAGCAUGCAAAGGUUUUGGUUCAUGGUGGAUAUGGGUCAUUUUGGUUUGAUAAUUGGAUGCCUAAUAGAGUUAUAUGGGAUGAUCCUAAUGCUCAUCCGCCUCAUCCUGAGCUUAGUAUCAAAGAUUUUCGGUCUAAUAAAAACUUGUAUUUACAUGAUUUGCAAGGAUCUUUGGCGACGAAUGUGUCGCAGACAUUGAUGCGGGUUGAAGAAACCCUAGCGGUGGAGCACGACUUAUUUAUAUGGCAACAUUCCCCGUCCGGAAUUUUUUCUAUCAAGUCAGCCUAUCCUCACCUACGGAGGAGGGACAUGGAUGAUUUCUUAUCCAAGAAUUAUUGGCACAAGUUUGGAUUCCGAUUGCAAAAGGUACAAGUGCGAUGUUUUAUCUCUGUUCAUUGGGUGGCUCCUGAUCAAAGUGACUAUGUGCUAAACUCUGAUGGCUCAAUGGUGAAUUUGGAUUCGGGAUAUGGAUUUUGCAUAAGGAAGAAAGAUGGUAGUUUCUUGUGUGGAGAAAGUGACUACUUAGGUGGAGGAGAUAGAUUUGGAGCUGAGGUAGAAGCAAAUGUUGUUGUAGAUGGCUUAGCUGGGGAAGCAUCACUUGGGAAUUCAAAUAGAUAUAGCUCUAAGGGAAAUUUACCUAGACAUAUUAGGAAACCUACUGGAGCUCCGAAAGUACAUAUCUUCAAAAAAGUCACUUAUUUCAAUGGUAUGCCGGAAUUGGAGUUUGAUGAUGAUGAGUUUGAGGAGCUAAUUGCACCGCAUAAGAUGAGUCUUGUUGGGAAGUUCUCAUAUGGACAGCCUAAAAUGGAGACAUGUGGAGAUGAAUUUCAAAAAUUAGGGUUUAAAGGUUUUUACUUUCAUGGCCUUUUGAAACCACACCAUGUCCUCAUUCGAGUUGAAUUGGAAGAAGACUAUCAACGCUGCUGGAUUACUUCUGUUUGGAGUAUUAGUGGGUACCGAAUGAGGAUCUUAAAGUGGCGACCGGGUUUCAAAUUUGAGAAAGAUCCCUCGAUGGUUCCGAUAUGGGUCUCACUACAUGAGUUGCCGUUGGAAAGGACGCAUCCAAAGGUCAUAAGAUCGAGGAAUGCAAAGAAGAAAAAUCCAAAUCUGCAAUCGGCUAUGAAUGAUGUGAUGCGCAAGGAGAAGUCAAUUGUUUCAAAGCCGAAGGUGGAGGGAAAACAAAAAUCGAAGAAGGUUAAUUUUGUGAUGCCAAAGCCAGUCCCAAAAUGGAAGCCGGAAAAACCAGCACGGGUGGAAUCUGGACGGGGGUUGUUGAUUCAUGAAGAUGGCACUAGUGUGGAAGUUGAGAUUUUGCAAUCAAAUCCCUCAAUUGUUAGGGCUUUACCCUCAGGAAAGGAAAACGUCGAGACACAACUUGCUGCGGAGAAGGUAGUGCAAACCCGGGAAGCCGGAUGCGAACAGGCUGCGCAAAUUUGUUCGCAUGCUGCGCAAACCCUAGACCCGGUGAAUGCGACUUCUUCUGGACUCAUAGCUUCUGAGAAAGCGGUGAUACCAGUUCAUGUUAUGGAGAAUUUGGUAAGUCCAGGGACAAAUAAAACUUUGAUUGUGAUUGCCGAAAAUGAGUUGCAUGGUUCUCCUGUCGCGCGACUUUCUGAAAACCGGUUUGAGCUUCUAUCCGAUACAGUCAAUGAGGUGGAUAUUGAUGAUAGUUCUGAUGAUUUUCCUGACGAAGUCGGCGAAACUAUCCUGGAAGAUCCUCCUUAUGCUUCUGUCGAUGGUACGGCUAUGGAACUAAUGCACUAUGCUUCGGAUGAAGAAAAUUUCGCCCGUAAGAUUGGGAAAGAGGUGGAAGAGGCGGACGCAGGGGGUAGGUGGUCUGAAGGGGAGAUGGAAGAUCAACAAUUCGAUGAAAUGAGCCAGGGUUUCGUGACUGUUAAGCGAAGGCGAGGUCGCACGACAAAGGAGGAGCGUUUGGGAAUGCAAGAAGGCCUUGUUCUAAGGCGUUCGGCGCGGUUACAGGAAACUUUUUCCCUUAAUAUUUUUAACUGA